AUGGCGAGGGGUUUAGCUGGACGGUUCAUGUUGAUCAUGGCGGCGGUGGUAGUGAUGACGAUGGUGCCCAUGGCGUCUCAAGCUGCGCGCAUGUCGAGCAUGGACCAGGAGGAGGAGAACAAUUUGUUGGACGCAGAAAUCUCCUUCUUCCAUGAGAAGGACACGAACAAGGAUGGCGCGCUGAGCAAGAAAGAAUUCUACUACGCCAUCAUGGAGGACGAGUUCGAGGGGUUUGCGAAGCGACAUGCCUUCUCGGUGGUGGAUCUGGAGUUCGAGGCGCAUGAUAGGAAUCAAGACAAGAAAAUCAACCUCGAAGAAUGGAAGGGGAUCUUCUUCCACGACUCCCCGCAGAUUCCAGAUUACAUUGACGGCGUGGACAACACAGAGGUUGACACGUCCGAGCUGUGGAAGUCAGCUCCAAUCCCCGAGAGCGCACCCCCGGCCAAGCAAGAGUCGCAGCUGCAGGUUGAGGGUGAGGUCGCGGACUCUCGGGGUCUCAGGUACUAUCUUUCGGAGGGAGCCACUUGGUACCAGAGCAGGAGGUUCUGCAUCCUCAAGAACAGGCGUCUCUGUUCCUACGAGGAAAUUUGCCCGAGCAUCAACAACGACGAUAAGAUUCCCGGCGACAUGAAGAUGACACGUUGGGUUCCCAUGCGCAGUGAAGGACAUCUGUGGAUAGAAGCGAGGAAUUGCGGGCUGACGCGCUUCCCUGACACCGCAGAGCACUCAGGGUUGAUCCCCUGCUGCUCGGAUUCGGAAGAGGAGAUGUUCGAUGCCAAGAAAACUGGCUCAGAGGAGGAGGAGGCGCGUGAGCAGCAAGGCUCUGGUACCUCCAAUGCUUCAGCAACCAGCCAGGACGGAUCGGACUCCAUCCUCGCGGGCAACAAGACGGGAGCUUCCAACUCCAGCGGCCGGAAGGCAGCCAGCGAGCCUCAUGUUGAAACGAAGUCGAGUUUCGAGGGUGCCAAGGGGCCUGAGGAGGAUAGAGGAAAGUCGACCAAGGGCGAGGAGGAGCAUCAGGACGCUUCGGCAGCCAGCAAGAAAUCGAGCAAGUCCAAGGCAGGGGAGCAGAAACCCUCCGCUGCUGAGGACCCUGUAGCAGAGCAAAAGGCCAAGUUGCGCGCAGCUCGAAAGAAAGCCGCGACUGGUAGCGCAAGCAGCAGCAGCAGCAGCAGCACUGGAGAAACGUCGAAGAAAGUUAAAUUGGAUAGGAGUGCAAGCGCGGGCGAGGAUGGAUCCGCGACGAAAGCAAAGAGGAAGAACAGAAAGAAGGCUCCUAAGAUUGUCUGA